AUGGCUGUGCCAUCCUCUGCCAAUCCCCGUCGCCUCCUGCCCCUCUUCCUGGGGCUUUUCCAGGGCGCCCUGCUCCUCUUCUUUGCCCUCUUCGUCACCUAUGAUGAGCCCUCGGCGCAGGCAGAGGAUACCAGCUUGGUGACCAACCAGGUCUACAGCACCUUCCCCUUCUUCCAGGACAUCCAGGUGAUGCUGGUGGUGGGUCUGGGACUCCUGCUGACUUUCCUGCCCCGCUAUGGGUUCAGUGCCCUCACCCACAACUUCCUCCUGCUCAACUUCUCCGUGCAGUGGGCGCUGGUGCUGCAGGGCCUGCUCCACCACUUCCACCAUGGCCAGAUCCACCUGGACCUCCACAAACUCCUCAUCUCUGAGUUUGCUGCUGUGACAGUGCUCAUCUCUGUGGGGGCCAUCCUGGGGAGGGCCAGCCCCUGCCAGCUGCUCAUCAUGGCCACCUGUGAGAUCCCCAUCUACCUCGCCAGUGAGUGGGUCAUUGUCACCUGUCUGGGCGUCCUGGAUGUGGGUGGCACCAUCACGAUCCACGUCUUCUCCUGCUAUUUCGGCCUUGGCGUGUCCAAGGCUCUGUUCAGGGCAACGCAGCAGCCACCGCACCCCAAGGAGACCCCAACAACCAGCUCUGACCUCGUGUCCCUGGUGGGGACACUCAUCCUCUGGGUUUUCUGGCCCAGCUUCGUGGCUGUCCUCUGCCAACCGGGCGAUGCCCAGCACCGCGCCAUCCUAAACACCCUCCUGGCCAUGAGUGCCGGCGCCAUCACCACCGUGGUGGCCUCCAGCCUGCUGGAGAGGGACGGCAAGCUCAGCCCCGGCCACCUGCAGAACGGCAGCCUGGCCGGCGGGGUGGCCAUUGGCGUGGUGGCCGACAUGGCCAUGCCACCAGUGGCCGCUCUCGCCCUGGGCAGCCUCUCAGCCGCGGUGUGUGUCCUGGGCUUCAGGCUCCUCACCCCGCUCCUGGCCAGGAAACUCACCCUCCACGACCAGUGCGGCAUCCACAACCUCCACGGCUUGCCCGGCAUCCUGGGCGCCGCAGCCAGCGUCGCGGCCGUCCUGGCGGCACCCAAGGACACCUCCGGGUCCCAUCCCUCCCAGCUGUCCCCCGCUGGGGGCAAUGCCAGCGAGGCGGCGGAGGGACAGCGGGGGGACCGCGGGGCGGGCGGGCAGGCGCUGUGCCAGGCGGCGGGGCUGGCGGUGGCCGUCGGUGCCUCGCUGCUCGCCGGGCUGCUCACCGGGGCCGCCCUCCGGCUGCCCUGCCUGGCCCGGCCGCCCGAGCGGCUCUGCUUCGAUGACUCGCUGUAUUUUAAGAUCCACGAUCAGCCUGAGAGCCCGGGGCCAGACGGCAGCGCUGAGGAAGGAGCCCUGGCUCUGAAGGAGCAGGUUUAG